AUGACUUACCCUGACCAACGCACUGAAGACGAAUGGCGCGCCAUUCUCAACCCAACACAAUUCCGAAUCCUCAGAGAAAAGGGAACUGAAGCCCCCGGUACCGGAGAGUUUGACAAGCACUACCCCAAGGAGGGCGUCUACACCUGUGCCGGGUGCGACGCGCCGCUCUACAAGGCUUCUCACAAGUUCAACUCUGGCUGCGGCUGGCCGGCGUACUUUGACAGCGUCCCCGGCGCCGUGACUCGGCACGAGGACCGAAGCUUUGGCUCUGUCAGGACGGAGAUUGUAUGCUCCAAUUGUGGCGGUCAUCUGGGUCACGUCUUCAAGGGAGAAGGGUUCCCGACGCCGACGGAUGAGAGGCAUUGUGUCAAUAGCAUCAGCUUGAAGUUUUCGCCCGAGGACAAGGUUGUUGAGAAGAGCAGCAAGGCUUGA